GGAAGCAGCACGUGCUAAAGAGAACUCUUUCCAAAGCAAGUGGCCAGUGUUGCACAGCAGAAAGCCUUGGGAGGAACUUCCAGGAUGAAGCCUGUCAUCGUGGUGCAUGGUGGAGCUGGCAGGAUCUUCAAGGAACGGGAAGAGGGGUGUCGUGCUGGUGUUGUCAGAGCUGCUUUGCAAGGCUAUGGUGUCCUGAAACAGGGAGGCAGUGCCCUGGAUGCAGUUGAGGAGGCAGUACGGUCGAUGGAAGAUGAUCCUCAUUUUAAUGCAGGCUGUGGAUCUGUUCUAAAUGAAAAAGGUGAAGUAGAAAUGGAUGCCAUUAUCAUGGAUGGAAAAAAUUUAGACUCUGGAGCAGUAUCUGCAGUUAAAUGCAUAGCAAACCCAAUAAAACUUGCUCGACUUGUGAUGGAAAAGACGAAGCACAUGCUGCUGACUGACCAUGGUGCACAGCUGUUUGCUCGGGCCAUGGGUAUUCCUGAGAUUCCAGGGGAAAAACUCAUAACCGAGAGAUCCCGGGAAAGAUGGAAAAAGAACCUUGAGCCAGAUUCCAACCCUGAAGAGUUUCAGAAAGACCUUGGAACAGUCGGUGCUGUUGCUAUAGACAGUGAAGGCAAUGUAGCUUGUGCAACAUCCACUGGAGGACUCUCUAAUAAACUGAUUGGCCGUGUUGGUGACACAGCAUGCAUAGGAAGUGGAGGCUAUGCUGAUAACCAUUCUGGUGCCACUUCAACCACAGGACAUGGGGAGAGCAUUAUGAAAGUGGUCUUAGCCCGACUGAUCCUGUAUCACAUGGAGCAAGGAAUGUCACCAGAGAUGGCUGCAGACACUGCAUUAGACUACAUGAAGACACGGGUUGGAGGUUUGGGGGGUGUCAUUGUUGUCAACAAGGCAGGAGAGUGGGCAGCAAGGUUCUCCACCAAGCAAAUGUCUUGGGCUACUGUAAAGGAUGACAAGUUGCAUUAUGGGAUUUAUGCUGGGGAGAAGCAUGUAAAAUCUGUUGAUGAAGCACUUGCAUCUGAAAGUCAGGGAUUCUAAGAAUGAGGAAAUGUUGACUGAGGAAGAUUGAAGAUCUUCAAUUUUUGCUGAAGGACAGUGAUACUUGAUUUUGUUUUUCUGAAAGAUCUGUACUCUUGAUUGGUUCAC